UGGGAAAGAAACCUCAUAUAAUACUAUAAGCUUUUCGGGAGACAGGAUUUUGUUUUCAUACUGCGUACGUUGUUGCGGUGACGCGGGUUUUCCCUGCAGAUAAGAUACAAAAUGAUAAUUAUUGUGAGAGAAAAAGCAAUAUGGCCAAGGUCAUAUUAGAGAGAUGCGUGGUGUGACGGGAAUCGUGCGGCACUGUAUAUUGCUUAGCCUUGCGCGUUGUCGUUGAAGUAUUGCUUCGCCUACGGAAAAAAAAGUCCUUUGUUUUCGACAUGGUCAAUCGCAUUUGGAGGGGAACUGAAGAGACUCACAAAGAGCACUUGAGGUUUCCUUGUUUUGACGGAAAAUUAUUUCUAGAAUUGCGUCAUGAUCCUGUGAACGGACAGACGACGAUGUAAGUUCUAUGUCGUCCGCCAAUUUUUUUUUAAUCAUUUUAGUUCCAAAUUGUUCACGUGAACAUGAACUGAUUUACACGUGAUGAUGAUGAUUAGGUGGAUUUAAUUAUUGAUCGUUAUAUUACUUAUAUACUUCUAAUCAUUGAAUUUUUUCCCUUCUAAUUGGAAAUAAUGUUACAAUGUGACCAACGAUAAUAAUAAGAACUAAUAAGAACUCGAUAUCGCUCGUUUUCUUGAGGACAAAUUUUGGUGAUAUCAGUGAACCCACGUGUCGAGCACAUGGACACUUCAUGGACACUUCAUGGACUCUACGAGACCAUUAUCUCUCUGUGCUUAUCAACAUAUCACUAGGCGUCUCGUAAAAAAAACUCGAAACCGCCUGUUCCUUAUUUCAUAUGAUUAAACCCUCGUUGUACUUGACAACUACCGCAGUUCAUAUCUAUGCACGUCUGUGUUACAUCACACAAUCACGCAAUUUUCUGACCUUGACUGGCUUGACAGCUAUCGUGCAAACAUUUAAUUUUCUCACUCAAUAUAAUAUGCGAGUGUUUAUCGUCACACAAAAAUAGAGAGAUGUCUAUCGGAUUCAAUAGUGUAUCUGUCAUUUGCUUCAUUUGCAUACAAUCAACUUAGAUUGCCCGAAAGAGAGAUUGACGUGAGUCGUUAAAACCACAAGCCCUGGUACCAGUUAACUUUGAAGUUGGACAAGCGAUUUGCGUAAACUCUUACUAGAUUAGCAUUGUGUUGUUAUUCUAUCGGUGAAUGAAGUUAACGGCAUAUAUCCGACGUAAAAAUCAAGUAAGAAUUUCCUAUAGAGUAUGCGGCCUCUUUGUCUAUAUAGGCUUUGGAGUUAGAAUCUGGGCGGUGCCAAAAUAUGCGCUGUGUGUGUGUUUUGUUCAAAUGCGCAUCAGCUGUUUUCAUCACUAUUUCCGGUAUUGAAUAUAUUUGAGGAGCUCCCCUGAGCCCAAAGCAAAAAAAUUAUUUUGGUGUUCAGUGUCAAUUGCGUCGUCGCCUUUCUCGAUCGUCUCGACGUAUUUGGACAAGCGAUGAUUGAGUUUGAUGGUUUGGGCGACAGCGCAGUUAGCUCCGCGUAUUCAAUGGAAAGCAUUGAACGAGACGAAUAUUUGGAAAGCGUUGCUUCGACCAGCGAAAAAUUGGGCAAGAAAAUGCUGCAUCAGCUGAACGAAUAUCGUCAAAAUGGAACGCUUUGCGACGCGAAAUUGCGUUUAGAAAACAAGGAAUUCGAUGUCCACAAAGUCGUACUGUCCUCGAGUUGUCCGUAUUUCCAAAGCCUUUUCACCACGAACAUGAAAGAGCGAAAUCAAAGUGUGAUAGACUUGAAAUGUCCUGUCGAUUUAGCCGACGGUAUGAAUGAUUUUCUAACUUUUUUAUACACAACAAAGGUGGAAUUGAACGAGGCGAAUGUUGAAGCUUUGAUCGUCGCCGCGGACUACUUCAAUGUUGCAGAGUUAAAAGAACUCGGUUGUGGGUUUUUGCAACAGAAUGUUAACCUUUCGAACGGAAUUGCAUUGCACGAUUUUGCUGGAAGAUAUCAUUGCGAGCCUUUACGUGAAAUAACUCGGGAUUUUUUAAUUGAGAAUUUUACUGCAAUUUCGCAAAGAGAGGAGUACUUGGAAACCGAACCAGCGCAGUUGGUAGAAAUAGUUUCAAACGAUGAGUUGGUCCUGUUUGCCGAAGAAGAACUCUACGAAGGGAUAGUACGAUGGACGAAGCAUGAUUUGACGAACCGUUUAGGAUUUUUCCCUGAGUUGUUCUCCCAGGUUAGACUUCAAGAUGUAAGCAAGACUUACCUUGCCGAGACCAUUGCUAAAGAGAAAUUGGUGACAGACGAUCCAAUUUGUUCUGAUCUUUUGAUGCGAACUUUAUUGGAAUGCUAUGUUAUUGAAGAUACAAAGAGCAUGCAUCCUUCUCGCUUCUACGACUGUGUGUUUGUGAAUGGAGGGCGAGUGCCCUCUGGAGCUACAGCAUCAUCUUACCUCUAUGUUCCUUCUCAGAACACAUGGUUCAAAGUUCCUUCAAUGGGCAUAGUGAGGUACAGCCAUGGUGUGGCUACCAUGCAAGAUGAUGUCUUUGUGCUGGGGGGAUACUCCAAGUCUGGAUUUACGGCUGAGGUGGAAAAAUUCAAUGUUAAAAUGAGGAAAUGGUCAACCAUCCAACCUUUACCAACCCCAACAAAGGGGAUGGCUGUAGCUGCUGUUGGUGAUUCGCUUUAUGUUGCUGGUGGAAUAGUUGAAAAUGGUAUCCGACUUGGUAUCCUGAAGCGAUAUGACCUUAAGACAGGACGCUGGGAGGAGAAGGCACCUUUGCAUGUUUCACGGAGUGGUGCGAGUCUUGUCAAUGUCGGCGACGCCCUGUAUGCUAUUGGUGGAAAGGCAAGUGAUAACCAGAUGUUAUCAUCCAUGGAGCGUUACUCGAUUGAGAAUGAUACCUGGGAGACCAUGAAUGAGAUGUCAAACAAGAGAGCUUAUGCUGUUGCUGCAUCUGUUGGCAAUGGCAACAUUCUUGUGGUUGGUGGCAUCAAUGAAGCUGGUGAGGUUGACACAAUUGAUCAUCAUCAUGUGAUUGUCGUUCGAAUGUACCUACAAAGCUGCGAGAUGUACAACUCUGCUGCCAGUGUCUGGUUCCCUGUUGCAGAUCUUAGUGUCCCACGAGCCUUCGCUGGCAUUGCCGUUAACGGUGAGAAAGUUUAUGUCUUUGGUGGGGAAGGUACUGCUACAAGAUACCACAAUAGUGUUGAGUGUUAUGAUUGUGCAAGUAACAAGUGGGAAGUUGUAUCGUACAUGCCAGAACCAAAGAAAUUCUUACAAUGUUGCAAGCUCAUGUUGCCACGAGGAAUGUUCCGAAACCUCCCAAAUGUAAGUCCAAGCAAUUGACACAGUGUGAAUGCGUGUUGAUGUCCACUUGACCAAGACAUUGAUUUGAAGUGAAGGAAAAUUAUUGGGAAUGUUUUACAUGAAUUUGUUGAAUAAGCCUUUGUUUCCAGCUAUGUCCAUUACAUUCUCAGAUAAUAAUUAAUAACUUAUGCUUUUUAUUCAUAACAAAUUUUUGGGAAUACGUACAAGUAAUUGAACACAAUAAACAAGUAAUUGCAAUUAUUAUAAAACAGAUUUAGUUAGGAAUUUUUUGAUCCAACUAUAUUUCUAUAUGAUUUGUAAAAGUUGGGUUUAGUGGAUCAGCUUGAAAUUGUUUUUCUAAGCAUCAAAUUGUAAACCUUAAUCAGAAAAACCAAUCACAAAGCACUUUAAAUUAGGCAGGUCCUUACAUGAAAAAUGAGCUGAACGUUUGCACAAUUUAAAUUAGGAUUACUUCAUAAAAGAAUGAUUGACAGUACAAUGCAAAGACAUUUGACAUAGUCAGCUUUAAUAAAGCAGGUGAUAAGGUUAUAGCAAAUAUAUAUAUAAAUAAUUGGGUGUAAUUUGUAAAACUGGGGAAUACCAAAUAGGAGUACACAUUGUAUGAACUUAUAAAAGGAAUAAAGUAUUUUUAAUUGGUUUGUGAAGCACUGUUGAUUUUAAUCAAUUUUUCAAUAACAUUGAUAGUGGAUAACAUUAAAAACUAACUUGCAUUAGGUAAAGAAAAGCAUCCACAUAUAUCAUGUUAUGGGAAAGUUCAUUAUCCAUCAACAGUAUGAUAAUAUAUAUCUUACGACAAGUAUAUUUGUAAUUUAGUGUGUAGCAAUAGCCUGUAAAAACAUAUUUGUAGAGCCUUUGGACUGAAGGAUUGUAUAGACGACAUUAAGAAUAAGGGUUAUUUUGUAGAAAUGUAGAUAGACU